AUGGACGUAUCGCCAAUCGGCGACUUCUCUUCGCGCGGAUUCGGUUACACUGGCCUAGUCAAGUCCUCAUCGGGGGGUCCAUUUCUCGCGCCUCUUUUCCCAUCUUACGCCUCGUCUGCCGCCUCCGUCGCAGCACCUGCGGUUAGUACUACCUCCGUCGCGCUCUUUCCUUCGGAGAGCGAUCUUUCCGUUUCGCAUGCUGUCUUCAAUCCCGCGUCAGCGAGGGACGCAGUGGAGCCGGCCGCGGCGGUAACGGCGGCGCGGCGCGUCACUGUGGGCGGCGUAGCGCAGUUCCCGUGCUAUCAGUCGCCACGGGACGUGUUCGCGGGAAUUUCAAAUUCCCCGACUGAACAAGCGGCGGUGGCAACAGGCAGCUGUUUCGGCCGAGCAGCAGCGGAGGGAACCACGGGCAGUGGGCGCAGGCGAUUCUCCGAGGCUUCGAGUCGUGAGGAAGCGAUUCGCGCGGGAAUUGAAAUGGGCGUGGCCAUGGGCGUAGGCGUGGAGAUUGGGCAGCGGUGCCGCGAGACUAUAAGCAAGGGCGGUGAGGAAGCAGGAGCUGAUGUUCCUGCAGUGAGCUGCGCGGAUUGGUCAGAACUGAGUCAUCUGUGCGGCAAGAUGGACGCCGCGGGGAUUCGCAUUGAACAGAUCGACCUCACCACGCUUGGCGACACCGUUGACGAUAUCACCAUCCACUGA